AUGACCAACAGAGGGCUACUUGCUUUCUAUUCCAUGAAGAGUCCAGCAAAGCUGAACCACCUACGAUCACUAAUUGCCACCUCUUUCACCCGGUGUCUGGGGAAGAACAAGGUGGACACCAUGCACAGGAUUGCCCGAUAUUUUCACGUGGAUUUGGCGCGAUGCUCCAUCAUCGAGAGGGCGGAGCCCUUCCCAGUAGCGACCCUUUAUAACCAGAGGCUAGUACUCCAGAAAGAUCGGGGUGUUGAGUACCUCGAUGGACUCCGACCAUCAGGAGUCAUGCGAGCAGCCGUUGAUCUGGCUCUAGUGGAGCCCCAUCCAGAGGUCACACCUCCAGCGCAGCCACCUGCUCGAGCACCCAGCCACCGUCGGUGUCCUGCACUCCAGCGCCCUGCACAGCCAGUAGCAACAACAGCAUCAGAAGGUGAUCCCCUCGUCCAGAGGGCGAAUUGCCUCGAGACAACUUUGUGGGAGUGA